CACGCAAGGGGAGGUACUUUAGAUGACCUGUCAACCAUCGGUCCUCCCAUAGAUCCAAGCGCAAGCUUGUCAACCACCACUCAAGUUGACGCACACAGAACUUCGUUCAAUGCGAGAGAAGCUAGUUUGAUGCGCAAUUUUGUCGAGAAUAUGGCACUGUGGGCAGAUAUCACCGACCCAGCUCGUCAUUUCGAGAUAGAUGUUCCAGUCAGAGCUGUUCAGGAGCCCGCUCUGCGCUCAGCGAUCUUCGCCUUCUCUUCUCGACAUAUUGACAGACAAAGCAAGGGAGGCACAGCUGAGGCGUUGCAAUACCACAACCACUGCCUGCAACUCUUAAUCCCGGCAUUGUCUGGUUCGAAAGAAGACAUAAACGAUGUUGUUCUUGCUACGAUUGCGAUUCUUCGACAGCUCGAGGAGAUGGAACCCGACGACAAUCAGUUCCAUUUGACUGGGACAGCGCGCAUACUGAACACAAUAUCUUCCUUCGGGUCUUCCGGGGGAUUGGGAGAGGCGGCGGCAUGGUUGUGUCUGCGUGAGGAUAUAUACAUCUCGCUGAUCUCGCAGAAGCCGCUCCGGACGAACCUCGACAGUUUCCAUGGGUCCGACGUCUUCUCGAGGAACGAUGACUUUGCUUGGGCGAGUCGAAUGGUCUUUCUACUGGCCAAAGUUUUAAGUUGUGCCUUUGAUCCCUGUGGUCAUCAGACAUCUCGGGAUCCAAGCGCUCUGCAGACUAUGGCACGAGAGGUGGAAGAAUGGAAUAGUUCGAAACCUGCUUCUUUCGCCGCCGUGCGCUCUGUACCCCGCGGUGAAAGUGCACAUCGACGAUUUCCCGAGAUUUGGAUGUUGCUACCAGUUCACGUUGUCGGGAUUCAAUACUACCACAUCGCGAAGAUCAUUCUAGCUUUUGCCACUUGCCCCAGUCCUGCACUCGCUUCUCAAAACUUCAAGCUAUCCAGAGAUAUUGAGAAAACUGUCCGACGCCACCUUCUUAUGGUCCUUGGUUUGGCCAAGUCCAACCCUAAAGCCGAAAAUACCCUUUUUACUGCGCGUCACAGUCUUGUGGCAUGGGGGUGGGUCAUUCGCCGUAAAGAGGACCAGGAAGCUGCCGAGGCUCUUCUAAGCGAGAUGGAAGCCAGAACUGGCUGGGAUGUCAGACAGUCAAUCCGCGCUUUAAGGGAGCAAUGGGCUGACUCUGACUCUGACUGGUAACACGAUACUUCAAUAGUUUACCUCGUCAAGCGAGAUGGACGCAGAUAGGAGAGCGCAUGCGCUCAAUGUUUGUUUCCCCCAAUCUCUGCGGUCUCCUUGCGCUUUGAUAGCCCAAGGAAAUGCGGUCACGAGGUCUCCAAGACACGAAGAUCAACACGGUCGAUCAUUGCAACCCUAAAAGAAGGACUGUUCCUACUCAUUCUCAUUGGCUCAGAGCGUAUGCAAGACAUGCUAGUUGCCGCUUACGAGAAUAGUCCGAAGCUUAUUGAGCCGCCGCGCCUAUGGAAAAAUCGCCAUGACGUCUCAUCAAUCUGAGGGGAAAAGCUCCGUGAAGAUUA